GAGUUAAAGGCAGACAAAAGCUCUCGGUGGCAGCCUUUGAGUCAUUACUUUGCGAUACCAUUCCCUUCAUCUUAGGUGUCAUGGCACAGUACUUUGCAGACAGCUAUUCAUUCUGCUAGGUUUGCUGCAAACACUGAAAGAGGUGUCUUGCACUCGCUGGAAGAUUUAGCUUUUAUGCUUCUGGUCAUUCUUCCCACAAAAAGAAUGAGACCAGUUUCUGAGCCAUUCUUAACUCUCCUUAGAAAACAUUUCAAAAGAGAAAAGACAAGAAAGACUUCAUGAUUUUCACGCAAACUCCCAGCCUGCCUGCCUGCCUGCUGCCGCCAACACUUCUAACUCUUGCUGGUGAUGACAUUCAGCGAGCUCCCCAGUCCCGAUGCUUCUUAUGUAAGGCUGUCUAGGUCAAGUGUAGGAGACACACUGCUGGCCUGUGAAAACUCAUGGAACUGUUACCUUCUGAUUAACACUUCAGGGGCUAUGGAAGCUGGAGGAAGCUGAGCUUGUACUACAUCUUUUGGGGAUAAGGAAAAAACCCUUAAGAUCUCCAGAUGCCAAAUCUACUUCUCUUUUCACUCUUCAACAAGGCAAGACUCAAUAGUGUAUGCAGUUUGAACACUUUGGACUUUCAUAUGUGGAGUAAAUGGUAAUUAAAAUGUGCAGGAUGACAAGAUGGAGCAAACAGUGCUUGUACCACCAGGACCUGACAGCUUCAACUUCUUCACCAGAGAAUCUCUUGCGGCUAUUGAAAGGCGCAUUGCAGAAGAAAAAGCUAAGAGUCCCAAACCAGACAAGAAAGAUGACGAUGAAAAUGGCCCAAAGCCAAAUAGUGACUUGGAAGCUGGAAGGAACCUUCCUUUUAUUUAUGGAGACAUUCCUCCAGGGAUGGUGUCAGAACCUUUGGAGGACCUGGACCCGUACUACAUCAAUAAAAAAACUUUUAUAGUAUUGAAUAAAGGGAAGGCCAUCUUCCGGUUCAGUGCCACCUCUGCCCUGUACAUUUUAACUCCCUUCAAUCCUCUUAGGAAAAUAGCUAUUAAGAUUUUGGUACAUUCAUUAUUCAGCAUGCUAAUUAUGUGCACUAUUUUGACCAACUGUGUGUUUAUGACCAUGAGUAACCCUCCUGAAUGGACAAAGAAUGUAGAGUACACCUUCACUGGAAUAUAUACUUUUGAAUCACUUAUAAAAAUUAUUGCCAGGGGCUUCUGUUUAGAGGAUUUCACUUUCCUUCGGGACCCAUGGAACUGGCUCGACUUUACAGUCAUUACAUUUGCAUAUGUGACAGAGUUUGUGGACCUGGGCAAUGUCUCAGCGUUGAGAACAUUCAGAGUUCUCCGAGCACUGAAAACAAUUUCAGUCAUUCCAGGCCUGAAGACCAUCGUGGGGGCCCUGAUCCAGUCUGUGAAGAAGCUCUCAGACGUCAUGAUCCUGACGGUGUUCUGUCUGAGCGUGUUUGCGCUGAUCGGGCUGCAGCUCUUCAUGGGCAACCUGCGGAAUAAAUGUGUACAAUGGCCUCCCACCAAUUCUUCCCUGGAGGAGCAUAGUAUAGAGAAGAAUAUAACUGUGAAUUACAAUGGCACACUUGUAAAUGAAACUGUCAUUGAGUUUGACUGGAAAUCAUAUGUUCAAGAUUCAAGAUAUCAUUAUUUUCUGGAAGGUUUUUUAGAUGCAUUACUAUGUGGAAAUAGCUCUGAUGCAGGUCAAUGUCCAGAAGGAUACGUAUGUAUGAAAGCUGGUAGAAAUCCCAACUAUGGCUAUACAAGCUUUGAUACUUUCAGUUGGGCUUUUUUGUCCCUGUUUCGACUGAUGACUCAGGACUUCUGGGAAAACCUUUACCAAUUGACAUUACGUGCUGCUGGGAAAACAUACAUGAUCUUUUUUGUGCUGGUCAUCUUCUUGGGCUCCUUCUACCUGAUAAAUUUGAUCCUGGCUGUGGUGGCCAUGGCCUAUGAGGAACAGAAUCAGGCCACCAUGGAAGAGGCAGAGCAGAAAGAGGCUGAAUUUCAGCAGAUGCUCGAACAGCUUAAAAAGCAGCAAGAGGCAGCUCAGCAGGCAGCCACUGUAACUGCCUCAGAGCAUUCCAGAGAACCCAGUGCAGCAGGCCGGCUCUCAGACAGCUCAUCUGAAGCCUCCAAGCUGAGUUCCAAGAGUGCUAAGGAGAGAAGAAACCGGAGAAAGAAAAGAAAACAGAAAGAGCAGUCCGGUGGGGAAGAGAAAGAUGAGGAUGAAUUCCAAAAAUCUGAAUCUGAAGACAGCAUCAGGAGGAAAGGGUUUCGCUUCUCCAUCGAAGGGAAUCGCUUGACCUAUGAAAAGAGGUACUCCUCCCCACACCAGUCUUUGUUGAGCAUCCGUGGCUCCAUAUUUUCUCCAAGGCGCAAUAGCAGAACGAGCCUUUUCAGCUUUAGAGGGCGAGCGAAGGAUGUGGGCUCAGAGAAUGACUUUGCCGACGAUGAGCACAGCACCUUUGAGGAUAAUGAGAGCCGGAGGGACUCCUUGUUUGUGCCCCGACGACAUGGAGAACGACGCAACAGUAACCUAAGUCAGACCAGCCGGUCGUCCCGGGUGCUGGCAGUGUUUCCCGCGAGUGGGAAGAUGCACAGCACUGUGGAUUGCAAUGGUGUGGUUUCCUUGGUUGGUGGACCCUCGGUUCCUACAUCGCCUGUUGGACAGCUUCUGCCAGAGGUGAUAAUAGAUAAGCCAGCUACUGAUGACAAUGGAACAACUACUGAAACUGAAGUGAGAAAAAGACGGUCAAGUUCUUUCCAUGUGUCCCUGGAUUUUCUAGAAGAUCCUUCCCAAAGGCAAAGAGCGAUGAGUAUAGCCAGCAUUUUAACAAAUACAGUAGAAGAACUUGAAGAAUCCAGGCAGAAAUGCCCGCCCUGUUGGUACAAAUUUGCCAACAUAUUCUUAAUCUGGGACUGUUCACCAUAUUGGUUAAAAGUGAAACAUAUUGUCAACCUGGUUGUGAUGGACCCAUUUGUUGACCUGACCAUCACCAUCUGUAUUGUCUUAAAUACUCUUUUCAUGGCCAUGGAGCACUACCCCAUGACAGCUCAUUUCAAUCAUGUGCUUACAGUAGGAAACUUGGUUUUCACUGGGAUCUUUACAGCAGAAAUGUUUCUGAAAAUUAUUGCCAUGGAUCCUUACUAUUAUUUCCAAGAAGGCUGGAAUAUCUUUGAUGGUUUCAUUGUGACACUCAGCCUGGUAGAACUUGGCCUCGCCAAUGUGGAAGGAUUAUCAGUUCUCCGUUCAUUCCGAUUGCUUCGAGUUUUCAAGUUGGCAAAAUCUUGGCCAACGUUAAACAUGCUAAUAAAGAUCAUCGGCAACUCAGUGGGGGCUCUGGGUAACCUCACCUUGGUGUUGGCCAUCAUCGUCUUCAUUUUUGCCGUAGUCGGCAUGCAACUCUUUGGCAAAAGCUACAAAGAUUGUGUCUGCAAGAUUGCCAGCGACUGUAAGCUCCCACGCUGGCACAUGAAUGACUUCUUCCACUCCUUUCUGAUUGUGUUCCGCGUGCUGUGUGGAGAGUGGAUAGAGACCAUGUGGGACUGCAUGGAGGUCGCUGGUCAAGCCAUGUGCCUUACUGUCUUCAUGAUGGUCAUGGUCAUUGGAAACCUGGUGGUCCUGAACCUCUUUCUGGCCUUGCUUCUGAGCUCAUUUAGUGCAGACAAUCUUGCAGCCACUGAUGACGAUAAUGAAAUGAACAAUCUCCAAAUUGCUGUGGAGAGGAUGCAUAAAGGAAUCGCUUAUGUGAAGAGAAAAAUAUAUGAAUUUAUUCAACAAUCCUUCGUUAGAAAGCAAAAGAUUUUAGAUGAAAUUAAACCACUUGAUGAUCUACACAAUAAGAAAGACAGCUGUAUGUCCAAUCAUACAGAAAUUGGGAAAGAUCUUCGCUAUCUUAAAGAUGUAAAUGGAACCACAAGUGGAAUAGCAACUGGCAGCAGUGUUGAAAAAUACAUUAUUGAUGAAAGUGAUUACAUGUCAUUCAUAAACAAUCCCAGUCUUACUGUGACUGUACCAAUUGCUGUAGGAGAGUCUGACUUUGAAAAUUUAAACACAGAGGACUUCAGUAGUGAAUCGGAUCUGGAAGAAAGCAAAGAGAAACUGAAUGAAAGCAGUAGCUCGUCUGAAGGCAGCACCGUGGACAUUGGCGCACCCGCAGAGGAACAGCCUGUGGUGGAACCUGAGGAAACCCUGGAGCCUGAGGCCUGUUUCACAGAAGGCUGUGUACAGAGAUUCAAAUGUUGCCAAGUCAGUGUGGAAGAAGGCAGAGGAAAACAAUGGUGGAACCUGAGAAGAACAUGUUUCCGAAUAGUUGAACAUAACUGGUUUGAAACCUUCAUUGUUUUCAUGAUUCUCCUUAGUAGUGGUGCUCUGGCAUUUGAAGAUAUAUAUAUUGAUCAGCGAAAGACAAUUAAGACAAUGUUGGAAUAUGCUGAUAAGGUUUUCACUUACAUCUUCAUUCUGGAAAUGCUUCUAAAAUGGGUGGCUUAUGGCUAUCAAACAUAUUUCACCAAUGCCUGGUGUUGGCUGGACUUCUUAAUUGUUGAUGUUUCAUUGGUCAGUUUAACAGCGAAUGCCUUGGGUUACUCCGAACUUGGUGCCAUCAAAUCUCUCAGGACACUAAGAGCUUUGAGACCCCUAAGAGCUUUAUCACGAUUUGAAGGGAUGAGGGUGGUUGUGAAUGCCCUUUUAGGAGCAAUUCCAUCCAUCAUGAAUGUUCUUCUGGUUUGUCUUAUAUUCUGGCUAAUUUUCAGCAUCAUGGGUGUAAAUUUGUUUGCCGGCAAAUUCUACCACUGUAUCAACACCACAACUGGUGAAAUAUUUGACAUCAGCGACGUGAACAAUCAUUCUGACUGCCAAAGGCUAAUAGAAAGAAAUGAAACUGCAAGAUGGAAAAAUGUGAAAGUAAACUUUGAUAAUGUAGGAUUUGGGUAUCUCUCUUUGCUUCAAGUUGCCACAUUUAAAGGAUGGAUGGAUAUAAUGUAUGCAGCAGUUGAUUCCAGAAAUGUGGAAUUGCAGCCUAAGUAUGAAGAAAGUCUAUACAUGUAUCUUUACUUUGUUAUUUUCAUCAUCUUUGGGUCCUUCUUCACCUUGAAUCUGUUUAUUGGUGUCAUCAUAGAUAAUUUCAACCAGCAAAAAAAGAAGUUUGGAGGUCAAGACAUCUUUAUGACAGAAGAACAGAAGAAAUAUUAUAAUGCAAUGAAAAAAUUAGGAUCAAAAAAGCCACAAAAGCCUAUACCUCGACCAGGAAACAAAUAUCAAGGAAUGGUCUUUGACUUUGUAACCAGACAAGUUUUUGACAUAAGCAUUAUGAUCCUCAUCUGUCUCAACAUGGUCACAAUGAUGGUAGAAACAGAUGACCAAAGUGAAUAUGUAACUAGCGUUCUGGCACGCAUCAACCUGGUGUUCAUUGUGCUGUUCACCGGAGAGUGUGUUCUGAAGCUCAUCUCCCUCCGCCAUUAUUAUUUUACCAUAGGCUGGAAUAUUUUUGAUUUUGUGGUUGUCAUUCUCUCCAUUGUAGGGGCGAAGGGGAUCCGCACGCUGCUCUUUGCUCUGAUGAUGUCCCUCCCUGCGUUGUUUAACAUCGGCCUCCUGCUCUUCCUGGUCAUGUUCAUCUACGCCAUCUUUGGAAUGUCCAACUUUGCCUAUGUCAAGAGGGAAGUUGGAAUUGAUGACAUGUUCAACUUUGAAACCUUUGGCAACAGCAUGCUCUGCCUGUUCCAGAUUACCACCUCUGCUGGCUGGGAUGGUUUGUUAGCACCUAUUCUCAACAGUGCACCACCUGACUGUGACCCUGAUACAAUUCACCCUGGAAGCUCAGUUAAGGGAGACUGUGGGAACCCAUCGGUGGGGAUUUUCUUUUUCGUCAGUUACAUCAUCAUAUCCUUUCUGGUUGUGGUGAACAUGUACAUCGCUGUCAUCCUGGAGAACUUCAGUGUUGCUACUGAAGAAAGUGCAGAGCCCCUGAGUGAGGAUGACUUUGAGAUGUUCUACGAGGUUUGGGAGAAGUUUGACCCCGAUGCUACCCAGUUCAUGGAAUUUGAAAAAUUAUCGCAGUUUGCAGCUGCUCUUGAACCCCCUCUCAAUUUGCCACAGCCAAACAAACUCCAGCUCAUUGCCAUGGAUUUGCCCAUGGUCAGUGGUGACCGGAUCCACUGUCUUGACAUCCUAUUUGCUUUUACUAAGAGGGUUCUGGGGGAGAGUGGCGAGAUGGACGCUCUCCGAAUACAGAUGGAAGAACGAUUCAUGGCUUCUAAUCCAUCAAAGGCCUCCUACCAGCCAAUUACUACAACUUUAAAACGAAAACAAGAGGAGGUGUCCGCUGUUAUUAUUCAGCGUGCUUACAGGCGCUACCUUUUAAGGCGAACUGUAAAACAAGCUUCAUUUAUGUAUAACAAAAAUAGAAUCAAAGGUGGGGUUAAUCUUCUUGCAAAAGAAGACAUGAUCAUUGACAGAAUAAAUGAAAAUUCUAUUACAGAAAAAACUGACCUGACCAUGUCCACAGCAGCUUGUCCACCCUCCUAUGAUCGGGUCACAAAGCCAAUCGUGGAAAAACACGAGCAAGAAGGCAAAGAUAAAAAAGCCAAGGGGAAAUAAACAGAAACAAACAAAAAUAAUUGGGUUACUAUUUGUUUACAGCCUGUGAAGGUGAUGUAUUUUUGUCAACUGGACUCCUUGAGGAGGUCAAUGCCAAACUGACUGUUUUUACACAAAUCUACUUAAGGUCAGUGCCUACAAUAAGUGACCCUUGUCAGAAAACUGCAACUCUGUGUAAAGGGGAGAUGACAGGAGGUUACUGUUCUCACUACCAGCUGACACUGCUGAAGACAAGAGACAAAACAGCUACUUAGAACGUGAGGACCCGUUCCAAGGGGUGCAAACCUAUGAUUUGGGUUGUUUAACAUGAAACACUUUAGUGUAGUAAUUGUAUCCACUCUUUUGCAUUUCAACUGCCACAUUUGUCACAUUUUUACAAAAUCUGUUAGUGGAUUCAUCUUUUUUUUAAUCCAUAUGUUGUUUAUUAUAUGUGACUAUUUUUGUAAACGGGGUUUCUGUUGGGAAAUAGAUUAAAGGACCUCUUUACCAGGUAUGCCACCGGGAGUGAUGGCAAUCACAUCGCCCUCCUAUCUGAACAAAGACUUGGUUUGCAUGAGGGCAUGCUACACUUAGAGAUCAUGCAUGAAAAAAGGUCACAAGGAAAACAAUGAGUUCUUAAAUUCCAUCCAUGUUUCUGGAGGGGUAAUUAGGUGAUAAUUGGAGGUGCUUUGCUCAUCUUGUGUUGUGUUUUUGUUUUCAAAUCCAGCCCCUAGACCAAGUACAUCAUUUUGGGGGUGGUAGGCCACUAAAUGUUAGUAGGUGCAAACUUCAUUCAGAUGUCUGGAAUCAUAAUGUUAUGUUUCUGUUUAUUGUAUUUAAAAAAAACCUAAAUAAUGAGCAUUGCUUCUCCCCUGAAGACUGAAUUGACCAAAAGAACCCUUUAUAAAUUUCUGCUUAAUCCUGCACUUCGUUUAGCCAUCUUCAGCUCAGCAAGAUCAACGCUGUAUAUGUUACUGAAAUGCUAUUUAUUAUGUAAAUAGUCAUUUUACCCUGUGGUGCACGUUUGAGCAAACAAAUAAUGACCUAAGCACAGUAUUUAUUGCAUCAAAUAUGUACCACAAGAAAUGUAGAGUGCAAGCUUUACACAGGUAAUAUAAAAUAUUAUGUACCAUUAUAAAUAGUUUGGAUGCUAUAAAUGCAUGUUUUUAUUACCAUGCCGCUAUAUCUGGUUUCUCCCACUGCUCAGAAUCUCAUUUAUGAGAAACCGUAUGUCAGUGGUAAAGUCGAGGAAAUUGUUCAGCCAACUUCAUUUCUUUAUGUCAUUAAGCAAUAGUUUGCAGCACUGUAAUAGCCUUUUGGUUAUUUUUAAAUUUUAAGUGGAUAACAUAUGGUGUAUAGCCAGACUGUACAGACAUGUUUAAAAAUAAACAAACAAAAAAAAAGAACCUUGCUUAACCUGUUAAAAAUGUGUUUAGAAUUUUAUAAGCAAAUAUAAAUACUGUAAAAAAAAGUCAUUUUAUUUUAUUUUUCAGCAUUAUGUACAUAAAUAUGAAGAGAAAAUUACCUUCAGGUUGAGAUCACAAUCACUUUUCUUACUUUCUGUCCAUAGUACUUUUUAAUGGAAGAAAUUUGCUAAAAAAGAAAUGAAAACAAGACUGGGUCGUUGUGUAUUUCUGCUUUUUACUACAUUUGCUAAUUUUAGAUUAUUUCAUAAUUUUAAGGGCCAAAAUGGGUUCACAAUUCACAUCCAAAUUAUGCUUUGCAAUUGGAAAAGGGUAUGAAAUUUUAUUUACACUUUUUGGUGGCAUCUGCACUAGCUGAUUGAAGGUAGUGUUUAUCUUUCAUUUCUGUCCUUUUUUCUAACUUCUGUUUAUAUUUUUAUUUCUUUGGAGUCAUGCUGCUUUAGAGUGCGGUAAAUAUGAUGUGGGUUUCACAUUAUCCCCACACACACACAAAAAUAGAGUAGUGAACGUAUCUAGGCAAUUACAUCAGGACAUUUUGUGUUUCUUACAGAUGAAGUAAACUGUAGGCUCCUCUUUUUUCUUAAAACUACUUAGAUAAACUGUAUUCGUGAACUGCAUGCUGGAAAAUGCUACUGUUACCCUAAAUGAUGCUAACCAACAUUAAAAAUGUGCAAAACUAAUAAAGAUUACAUUUUCUAUUUUA